AUAGGCUUCGCGUAUAAAUGAGGCGGGUGAAAAUUCGCUAAUAGUUUCCUCGUUGUGAGGCGCGCUCAUCCUGUCUCUAGUUCGAAAAUCCGCCGGCAGAUGGCUUCAGCUCUCAUUUACGUCGCCGCUGUGGUAUUGGCGUCUGCAGCGACGAACGAGGCCGCCUCUAGCUGUUCUCCGACGUGCACGGGUGAGCUGCCAGGCAUUCUCGUGCCCGACCCCGUUAACUGCGGCCGCUACUACGUAUGCCUGCAGGACGGCCUGCCCAGCGACUUCCCUUUCGAGUGUGAUGAUGGCAAGCACUUCGACUCCGGCACCAAAACCUGCACUGACGGGGCCUUUCCGUGUGACCUGUGUGAGCCCAAGUGCUCUGUCUACUCGUGCCCUCCCGAUGAAACUGGACUAAUCUCAGUGGCCGACGCCAACGACUGCGGGAUGUACUACCUCUGCGGCAUCGGCGAUGAGCCUAUGCACAUCAAGUGCCCUGAAGCGACGCCCUUCUUCAACGGCAAGGAAUGUGUGAAGGACGCGAGCGAGUGCUGCGACCCGUGCCGCGUGUACUGCAGCGAGGCCUUCACGCAGAUCCCCGACCCGGCCGACUGCACCAGCUACUACUUUUGCCUCGACGUCGGCUUCCCCGGGCCCGCCGACCUGCACCGCUGCGAGGAGGGCAACUUCAACGCCACGGCCGGCCACUGCGAUCCCGCCGCGCCGUGCGAGCAGGUGGCCCGCUGCGCCGCCGCCGUCGUCGAAAAGUUCUAAAGGAAAAGUCUGAGAGCGGCCGGCAAGCAGGGCGAGGCGAUCAUCCUUCCGUCGGCCGCGCCCGAGCGAGGCGCUGCGGAAUGGGUGUGUGAUUAUACACACACACACACACACACACACACACACACAUU